CUGCUAAACUCAGAUUGCAAACAGAAGCUGAACAACACAACCUGUCUCUCAGUGAAAUGCUGCCCCUGGCACUGAUAUUGCUUUCAGUUCUCUUCGCACCUGAUGAUGCUCAGAAUGCCUUCCCAGAGCUGAUGUCUUACCAUGUUAUCCACAUCUCAUCUUUUUUCAACAGUACCUGGGUACAAAAUCGAGGUUCAGGCUGGUUGGGAGAUAUUCAGACUUAUCGCUGGAACAGUGUUUCAGGCACUUUCAUAUUCCUGAAGCCCUGGUCUAGGGGUAACUUCAGCAAUGAUGAACUUUUUGAUCUUCAGGAAGUAUUUCGACUCUACUUCUUGGAAUUGACUGGAGAACUCCAGGAACAUGCCAGUGAUUUCAAAAUGGAAUACCCCUUUGAGAUCCAGGGCAUUGCAGGCUGUGAUUUGUAUUCUGGAGGAGUCUUUGAAAACUUUCUGAGUCUAGCUUUUGGAGGCUUAGAUUUCAUAUACAUCAAGAAUUAUUCAUGUUUGACUGCCCCAGAAGGUGGUACCAAGGCACAGAAGUUCUGUGAUUUAUUGAAUCAAUACAAAGGAUUGUAUGAUAUUGUGGAAAAUCUAGUCACAGACACUUGCCCCCGGUAUCUGAUGGGUGUCCUAGAAACAGGGAAGGCCGAUCUGCAGAAGCAAGUGAAGCCUGAGGUCUGGCUGUCCCAGGGACCCAGCUCUGGGCCUGGCCAUCUGCAGCUGCUGUGCCAUGUCUCUGGUUUCUAUCCAAAGCCAGUGUGGGUGAUGUGGAUGCGGGGUGAAGAGGAGCAGCCUGAAGCUCAGAGAGGGGACCUCCUGCCCAAUGCUGAUGACACGUGGUAUCUCCGAGUGACCCUGGAUGUGGCAGCAGGGGAUGCCUCUGGACUGUCUUGCCGAGUGAAGCACAGCAGUCUAGGAGGGCAGGACAUCGUGCUCCACUGGGGACACUCCAUCUCCAUUGGCUGGAUCAUUGUGGCAGUGCUAGUGCCCUGUUUCGUCGUUUUGCUGUUUUUUGUAUUAUGGUUUUAUAGGCGCUGGUCAUAUGAGGAUAUCCUGUGAUACCUUGUGUUGUCUCAC